AUGUCUCUGAAGAAUAUGUGGAAACUCUGUUUCCGGAGGAGACAAGACGCUUCUGUUGCACGAGAGAGGAGGAUUCGCACCUUGUCGUCUUCCUCGGGCCCUUACCUGUUACUUCCCAUGGAGGUUAUGGGCGGUGGCGAAGCCGUGAAUAUCAACUUAUACGACCCGAGGAUGGAAGAGAGUGUCAAGAUCCGGAACCAGACACUGCCUCCUGAGCUGUUGCCUCCAUCGACAUUCGUAGGAUCAUCCCGUGGUUGGACGGCUUGUAUGAACGACGAGGAUUUCAGGAUCCACCUUACCAACAUGUUCAACCCCUCGGCCUCUGAAAAUUCUCACCGAGUCGUAUCCCUCCCUCCCUUCCCAUGUUCCAGCCCGACCCGGAUGAUCAAGAACGUGUCUCUUUCGUCCUCUCCUGACCAAGACGACGAGGACUGUGUCGUGGCCGUCAAGUUCAGGGGAAACUACAUCGUAUUCUGCAGGCCCGGAGACUCGACGUGGACCGGAUACGAGAGCCUCCACGAAAGUUUGUACGCCACUCUCGUCAUGUAUUCACGGAGAGACUCCUCUUUCUAUCUGCCCGCUAACAUUUUCCACCAUACGAGUGCAUUGGCCUGGAAGAUGAACCGGACAGAGCUCCCGCCAGACACCCAUGUCCUAAAACUAGGGCCUGUCCAGUUACCCGACAGCAUGCCUGAGCGCGAGCGCGAGCUCUUGGGGCUGUGUUGUCAGACCAAACACUUGGUCGAGUCUCCCACCGGCGAGAUUUUUGUCGUUGUUUGGUAUCUCCAGUUCACCGAUUCGAACCGGAAUCCAGUCUCCUGGUUGGAACAGGAGAAAAACCCUGAGAAAGAGUAUUGGGGCAGAACGAAGCGGUUCAUCGUUUACAGACAAGAAGACACUACUCAGUGUUACACAGAAGACAUAGGGGAUCUCUGCAUUUUCCUCGGUAAGAACGAGUCCUUCUGCAUCCCGGCGAGCUCGUACCCUGGCCUCAAGCCUAAUUCCGUGUACUACAUGGACGGUUUCGUUCGUGUUUACCAUCUCGCUACCGGGUCCAUUCAUCGACUCCCUCUCCAGGAUCUUCAUACGCCAUUUUGGCUUGCCCCACUUCAGUGA